AAGGAAACGGAAGAAAGUCGAAGGUGGAGAGAGAGAUAGAGGAAGACAGAGGGACAGAGCGUGACGAGGAGAAGAAAGCCGACCGUUGCUUCGCCUCUCUCAUUUUGCAUACAUCCCAACGAGAGGGGGGAGAGAGAGAGAGGUAUUCGGGAAUUUCCAGAAGAGGAUUGCAGAAGACUUAUAUUCUCCCGUGAUGCAGUUGUUGCUGUUGUCGUUGUCGGGAGGAAGGCGGCCUCCAGAAUAGGAAUCCUGAGAGCUUCGAUCCCUCCAACCUCCAGGGGAGUGUGUGUCUGUACCCAAAGGAACAGGACGAGAUGGCCUUUUGCUUCAAACUUUGCGGUGGAAAGUCUAAGCCUCGGAAGGGUGGGGAGAAGAAGAGCACAACGUGGAGGAUCUUCUCGUUGAAGGAGUUGCACGCAGCCACCAACAACUUCAAUUAUGACAACAAGCUCGGAGAAGGCGGCUUCGGCAGCGUCUAUUGGGGGCAGUUGUGGGACGGAUCACAGAUUGCUGUUAAAAGAUUGAAAGUCUGGAGCACCAAAGCUGAAUUGGAAUUUGCAGUUGAGGUUGAAGUCCUAGGUAGAGUUAGGCACAAGAAUCUGCUAAGUUUACGUGGCUACUGUGCCGAGGGACAGGAGCGUCUUAUUGUGUAUGACUUCAUGCCGAAUUUGAGCUUACUUUCCCACCUUCAUGGGCAGCACUCAGCAGAAUGCCUCCUUGAUUGGGAGAAGCGGAUGAAAAUUGCAAUUGGAUCUGCAGAGGGGAUCUCCUAUCUUCACCACCAUACACCCCACAUCAUUCACAGAGACAUUAAAGCAAGCAAUGUGCUUUUAAAUUCAGACUUUGAAGCUCAGGUAGCUGAUUUUGGUUUUGCAAAGCUAAUUCCUGAGGGUGCUACUCAUGUUACAACUCGAGUAAAAGGCACUCUUGGUUAUCUUGCUCCAGAGUAUGCAAUGUUUGGUAAAGCAGCAGAGAGAUGUGAUGUUUACAGCUUUGGGGUUCUGCUGCUUGAACUUGCUAGUGGGAAGAAACCCAUAGAGAAGUCUGGUGGCGGAGACAAACAUUCUAUUGUUGAAUGGGCAUUGCCUUUGGUUUGUGAUAAGAGAUAUGAUGAAGUGGCUGAUCCCAAAUUGAACCAGAAAUACAAUACAGAGGAACUUAAGAGAGUGCUGCUUGUUGCAUUAGCAUGUGCCCAGAGCAGGCCAGAAAAGAGACCCACGAUGCUUGAGGUUGUAGAAUUGCUUAAAGGUGAGCAGACCGAAAAGCUAGUGGAUUUAGCAAACAACGACUUGUUUAGACCAGACAUGUCAGGAUUUUCAGCGACAGAUGAGAGCACAGAAUUUUUAUCUAAUGAAAGCAAUGCGAAGCCCACAUCGAAAGAAAGUCGAACCUCCAGCGAGGAUCAUUGAUGACAGUGACAAGGAACUCAUAUGCUACAGAAUAGCUGUUAGAACCAGUGGCUAGCCUUUUGCUUCCAAGGCCAGGCUGCAUCCAAGCAUUUUAGUUUGCCUUUAAUGAAGAUGCAGAUACCAAGUUUCGGAUUAUUGCCUUGUGGGAAGAGGAAGGAAAAUGAAAGGAAACUGCUGAAUUAAAAAUUAGUUGACAUGAAAUACGUUUGGUUUGUAUUCUGUGUGUUAUAUUGGAUUGUUUGUACGAAUUCCCCUUCUAGUCAUUGGGUGCUUGCUGGUAAUUUUAUUAGAUACUGAAGAAGUUUGGAAUUUGUAGUAAAUGAUAGAUAGAGACAUCAUUCUACAAAUUAAUCCAUUAAGGGUUUGAAUUGGUUGAACCAAGAUGUAUGCUUUUUCUCUUUUCGGUUGAUUAUGUACUCAGAGUAGCAUUAAACAUCUUUUGGGUUUAUCUGA